ACUAACGCAUGCAGACACACACACACAUUCAGCACUUCCUGUGUAAAGACACUAGUAGAUGCUGUUGUGGUGUCUCUGCCACAGUGUCUGAAGGCUGUGGUGGAAAUGAUGCACGAUGUUAGCGCCUCAUGUGAGAGUUCAGAGAUUAGGUUUGAGGAGUCUCUCUGAGGACGACUGUUCUGGUUUCUCUCCGAGCGUACGGCCAGCUGCUGUUUUUGAGGCUUGAAGAGGAGUUAGCAGCUCCUGCCAGCAGCUAUUGAGAGAGAGGUGUGUGGAGCAGACAGGGUGGGGGUCCUGGCUUCUUCAUCCCUGUCUCCAUCGGGGGACAUGGGGCUCCCCAUCUAUCAUGGCCCCAUCAGCAAACAAAGGUGCGAGGAACUCCUGGGCCAGAAGGGCAAGGAUGGAGCGUAUCUCAUAAGAGACAGUGAAACCAUUCAAGGAGCUAUGUGCCUCUGCGUUUACAAACAGAAAGUUGUGUACACUUACAGGCUACUACAGACCCAUACAGGGUAUUACACAUUACAGGCCAGUACAGGAACACAGGAGAUGUAUUUUAAAACCCUGCAGGAUCUUAUUCGUCACUAUAAGAAGAGAAAUAAAGGUUUGGCCGCACGUCUGCGCUAUUCGGUGAAGAGGAAAAACAUAGAAACAGAACCUAACCCAAGCGGCAAUGAUGACUAUGACGGCCAUGAUUAUGAAAAUGUGGAUUCAGCAGACUAUGUGGACGUGCUGCCGGAAUGAGUCUACUCAAUUUCUUCAUCAAACCCUUUGUUUCUGCAUUUCCUUUGGUCAAGGAGGGCCACAGCUGCUGUACAGAUACAGUGAAGUCAAGCCACCAAUGAACAUGCACAGAUUGCAUAACCUAGAAACAACCCGCCGCAUUGUUUAAGAGAUGAAAGGUUUCAGUAAUAUGCUGUUUUUAUGCUGUUUUAUAUGUAAAUACCAGUGAAUGUUGUAUGUUGCAUUUGUUUUAGCUUUGGGCAGAAGCUGUGAAGUAUGUAGGGAAAGUUCUUUGAUGGAUUAACAUUUCUCUGCUCGUUAUUUGUGCUUCAGUUUGUGGUCAUUGUAUAAGGUUAGUUAUCAUUUUGGGACAGUGACUGUAUAUACAUAUGAAUAGGAAGGUUCUGAUCCCUUCUGUUCUACACAAAUUGUUCACAUGUUGUCAAAUUUGCAACCAGAAUCUGCACAGUACUUUCCCUAGACCCUGCAUCUAAAGGCUGAUUUAUAUUUCUGUCUCUAGUCAAUGCAGCAUCAACAGCAUUUGCACGAGUGAUGAUUUAAAAAACAUGUUUUAAACAGUAUUUGGACUCUUUUCAGCCCAGAAAACAAAAAAGUGAUGAGAGCCCUGCCCAAGACAGAGUACAAAAACUGCAGAGUCCAGUCAAACAGAAAGCCAGUUAAAUGCUAAAUAAGCAAAAGUAGUGUAGUGAAUGCAGUUUUAUUACUGUAUGUUCACAGCUUGCAUCAGCAUCACAUUCUGACUAGUAUUACUUAAAUUGGGGUGGCAUUUGUUCAGAAACAAGAGUGAAAGAAAAAGUCAACUAUGUUUUUAUUAGAUCUGAUUAGACACUGAUGUUGACAAUGAUUUUGUCUUAAAUAAAACCAGCAUUACUUUCAAAUGAACAUGUUUUCAAGGAAAAACCCAAAAUGACUUUAUUUUAUUAAGUUAUUGUUUAACAGUGUUUUUUUCUUAAACAGAUUGCAUGUAGAAUUAAAAUGUUGAAUAAAAAUGUAAUAUACUUUAAA